GGAAGACGAAGAAAGACGAAGACGGUACUUCAAAACUGUUGUUGGCUCCGACUUGCUGCCGCCUAGUACCUGUGUUCCUGAUGUUGCGUAUUUUGUCAUUAAGCAACAUGUUGAAGCUCCUUCAAUGUGGGCAAUUUUUCCACUUCAGGACUUGUUGGCUUUGAAGGAAAAGUACACAAUACGUCCUGCAACAGAGGAAACAAUCAACGACCCCACGAAUCCAAAGCAUUAUUGGAGAUAUCGUGUGCAUGUGACAUUGGAGUCUUUGAUCAAGGAUAACGAGCUGAUAACCACCAUUAAAGAUCUUGUACAAGAUAGUGGACGGGCAUAUCCCGUGGGGCAAUCCGAAGCUCUAGUGAAGCGGGAAGCAGCAGUUCCUGCCACCGAGAAGCAACAAAUUGUGAAUGGCAAGGAAAGGAUCUCUCUGGGAGCACAGAAAGAGCCUGUCGCCGUUCUCUGAGAAUUUCUUGGUGA